GCAAGGCCAACAACAUUCAGCAAAACCCACAUGAGGUUUUGCUAAAUUCCAAUGAGCUCGAUGGCAAUAAUGGCAGACCAGAUUUCAAACCCUUCUCAAUGAGAGAAUAUGUUCUUGCCUCUCGUCAGAAAGAUAUCUUUCACAACUGGCCAUUUCCAGAUAAGUUCUUGCAAAUCUUUUUAAAACAUGGUAUUGAUAAUGUCUUGCCACCGUUUGACCCCCAUCUCUUAGCUAUUCAAUCUCUUAGAGGAAAUCAUCUACGUAAGAAUUGUUCCCAACAGAAUAAAGAAAAUGCUGGUGGUUCCUACGAUAAUCUUCAUCAAAUUACUGUAGAAGAAGAGCAAAUUUUGAAAGAUGAGUGCAAUUUGAAGUCUGGUGAAACGAUAUCCAAUAUCUGCUGUCCAGAUUUCCCUUUAUCUUCUUCUUCCAAUACUUCUAAGCAUGAAGAGAAUGAUCCUCACCUCAGUUCUGAUGUUACUUCUAAUGACAUAGUUUCUAGAGAUCAACCUUCUGCUAACAUACCAAGUUCCUUCCUCCAUGUUCCUGAUUUGUGUGAUAAUACAGUGAGUUCUCCCAAGGGGCUGCAGCUGAAGUGUAUAAUGGAUAAGGGUAAGGAAAAGCAUAGGAAGAAUUCAGUUACAGAUGUUUUAGCUGAAGCACAGCCUUGUAGGAAAGAAGAUCCUUGUAGGAUUGGCAGAUCACACUAUGGUUUAAGAAAACGGCCUCAUGAGCACAGUGUCAAAGCACGAAAAAAGAUUACCAGAGUUGAGCAUGGCAUCGAAGGAAGAAACCAGGAUACCAAAGAACACUGCAUCGAAAGAAGAAAUUUUUUUACCAAAGCCGAGGGUAGCUGUGAAUCUGAAGUUACAGAAGAAGGCUUAAAUGAUAAGCUUCAAGCAGAUGAUUCUGAUGGUGCUGAGAUCCGUAUGUUGAGUAGCACAAGAUGGGUAGUAAGGUUCAAGAUACGUGGUUCCAGUUCCACCUCCAAGAUUUAGAUCUAAGAGGGAGGGAAAGAAUGUCAUACAAUUGCAUACGUUAGAGGUUCCGGAUUAGCAAGUUGCAGGCGCUGUAUUGGAAGCAUCAAGGGGAAAGUAGCUCAUCAAGAGAUGAAAUAAAUCAGGUCUGUUGGUUUUGUAUGAGCCACUGGAGUAUUAUCUUUCCUUGAUCAUAGAAUCAACAAUCUUACUUGGAAACUGAUAUCUUGUGUAUUCUAGCCUGAACAGUAUGCCCUGGCUUUUCAUUACAUGAUAAUUGUUAUUGCAUUUCAGUUAAUACGUCAGGUGCAGCAUAUUAGGCAUGUAAUCCACACAAAUGACCAAUCAAAAUUUUGGCUAAAUGCCGCAAUUCAUUUACAAAGAUAUCAUGUCUUCCCUUA